AUGGCUGAGACAGUGAAGAAAUCUAGAAUAGUAAGUGAUGAAGAAGAAAAUCUCGAAGCAGCUUUAUUGGAAGAGUUUAACACCAGACUAAAACAUUGCAUGAGCAAAGACGAUCUCCAGGAGACGGCCGACAAUUACGCAGAAGACGACGACACCUUCGAAAACAACCCACUUCUAAGCAAUACCGUCAAACCGUUUUCGAGAAACGGCCUCGCUACCAACGAUUUCCUGCGGCACGAGCGUCAGCAAUAUUACGACGUUCCCGCUCUAAAAAACGGCGCAGCUAACCAAAACGGUCACGACAUAGAAACCGAAGAGGAGGAGAAUAUAUACGAAACGUUACCCGAACCAGAAAAGACUGAACCGACGGACCAAUUUGUCGCAGAAACGCCCAAAACGCCUCCAACGUUUAAUCUUAACUUAGACCUAAGUCCCAAAAUCGAUGUAGAUAGUCCGAAUGAUGAUGAGCAUCCUGCGUUUACGGAGUUUAAAUCGCCGGAAGAAAGUGGUAAAUCUGUUAAGGAUCGCAUGUUUUUGAUGACAGAUGACGCCGCGGCUACGUUGCUUUUUACACAGACCGUUACGUCCCCUAUGUUGACACCUUCCGAAGAAAAUAUCGAUUUCCUUAAAGGCUUCCAAAGGGAAAAUACCAAUUCCGAAGAAUCGAAUUCGAACGGCUCCCCGCACAAAGAAGAAAGCACCAAGAGUGAUGUAAGCGAAGUUCUUCCAGAAACACUACCAGAAGCAGAGCAGAAGGAAACGAUAUACGAAAACUUCAAUCCUAAUUCCGUCAAUCAAAAUCCACCGGAAAAUAUAUACGAAAACUUAAAAGAACCUAUAGAAGAAAAUAUAUACGAGAAUCUGAAAGAAGUUAAAGAUAAAAUCAGAAACGAAGAAGAAGUUGAUCGAUUUAAAGACCACAUAUACCAAGAAAUCGAUGAAUACCCCCAUAAUGGUUACGAAAACGUUGAAGUUUUAAACAAAACCGACGAUUCUAAAGAAGAAUUAAUAGUAGAGAAUUGUUUAUAUAAUAAAUUUGAAGAAGUCAGCCCUCAAAAUGGGGAUAUAAUCACGGAUCUUGAUGCUACGGAUGACGCUGUAGAACCCAGAAGUUCUCCAGUGGAACACAAUUACGAAGAAAUUAAAGAAAUAGUGGAAACGGAAAUUAAUCAAAAACAAAAUCAUAAUUUUGAAGAGUACGAAUCGUUCAAUACAGAGGAAUCUUUAGACUCGAAAACUAACGAAUCGUACUCCGAAUUUCUAUACCACAGCAAAACGGAAAGCAAUUACUACGAAAAAUACACCGAAGUCGUGUCUAAAAACGUCGAAAUCAACAACACACAAAAGGAUACAGAAACCGUACCCGUCGAAAUCGUGAAACAAUUGAAAAGUCAAUUUUCUAAAGCCACGCCCGAUCUUAUUAAUGUAACGAAAAAAGAAAUGGACGACGUUGGACAACUGAAGAUGGUUAAUAUUAUGAAACAGAUCAACAAGUUUGAGCAAAAGGAUGCUGCUGGAGAUGCAUUGGAUGAUGAUAGCACAGUAACAGAGUCAUACACAGAAACCACUACCAUCCAAUCGGACACGCCCGAAGAAAAGGUACUUAAGAAAAAGAAGACUAAAAAAUCGAGAAAAGAGGAAAAAGAAAAUAUUUCCGUUCGAUCUAAGUCGCUGUCAGAAGUCUUGCUUGCAUCUAACAAACAAAAUAUCGAGAAUGUAUUCACGGAAGUCUCAGUACGGGCACUGAAAGAAAAGUUUAACAUCUUCGAGAAUAAAAAUCCACUGGGUAUUGUAAAACUGCCUUUCAAAAAUAGUUCGAAAUCAAGUUUUAGUAAAUUUGAUGCUCUUCAGAAGAAAAAUGUACUUCAUGUCAGGUCGUCAGAUUCAGCCAAAGCACAGGAAAAAUUCAAUGGUACACAAAUCGACAUGACGAACUGCAAGGCGUGUUCCAAGCAAGUCUUUCAAAUGGAGCAAAUCAAAGCGGAAAAAGCAGUUUGGCACAAAAAUUGCUUCAGAUGCACAGAGUGUAGUAAACAAUUGACCGUGGAAACAUAUGUCAGUCACGAGGGAAACCUAUACUGCAAACCUCAUUUCAAAUCCCUAUUUGCUCCCAAAGUCGUAGAAGAUGAUACACCCUCUAGCGACAAACCCGAUUUAGGGCUAGAAGAACUCCAAAGCCUAAAUGUCAAAGAAAGGUUCCAGGUAUUUGAGCAAUACCAGUCAGAAUCCCAAGACUUGGAUAGAGGUCCUGUCAACGUUAAAAAGAGUCCUUCCAUUCUAUCCAAGUUAGCAAGAUUUCAAGCCAAAGGCAUGGACGUAGGAGUCAGCGACGAAGCUCUAAACGGCAUCCCCAUCGAGGAAACUUCCUCUGAAGAGGAAGAGGAGGAAGAAGAAGUACCUGAUGGCGAAGAUCCUACUCUCUUCAGAGCGAAGAAAGUCCAAAAAGAAAAACCUUUCCACUUUACCAACUUGAAUGAAGUAAAAAAUAAGUGGGAACACGGAGAACAGAACUCUAAAGACGAAAGGAGAGAGGAGAGGAAGCAGGAGAUCCAAUCCAUUAGAAAUAAGUUAUUUUUGGGUAAGCAAGGUAAGAUGAAGGAAGCUUACCAGCAAGCCGUAAUGCAAUCCGAGUCCAGCACAAACAUUGUCAAAUCAGAAAAAAUUGAAUCCUGUGAUACUAAAUCCCUUAAAGAAAGAUUUGAAAAGGGAGACAUGUUAACCGAAAGAGAACAGAGAAAUGACGAAGAGGAUGACAAUGAAGUAUUUCAAAGCGAAAUCAGUAAGAAUUCAAGAUCUCUGUUUCUCGAAUUAGAUGCAAACGCUGCCAAACAACCACAAAGUAUCUCCCCGGUUGCUGUACCAAAACUCGAUGUAAAAAAGGCUAGAGAGGCCUAUUUGGCAAAACAACUACCCGAAGACGUGGUAAGGUCGUCAGAAAUAGCCGAAGAAGUAAUCGACGUCAAGACCGCAGAUAUUCAACAACGCUUUAAGUUUUUUGAAACUUACAAAGAACCCGAAAAGGAGAGAAGGCAGUUUAGGAUUACGCCACCUAGGGAUCCGACACAAGUCAAGAGUGACACACCCGACAGGGAAAUUUACCGCGAUCCAGAAGUAGUUAGAUCAGAAGACAACGUAGACGAUUCAGAAGUUGCAAAAGCCUCGCAUACAGCAUCUAAAAUGUUGAAUAAAUUCAGGCAGAUGGAGGAGAAUCUAUCUAGGGACCCAGAACCAGUUGGUCCUAAACCAUUGAAAAGGUUUACUCCACCUCCUGAACCGACUAGAACCGAGACGGAAAGCGAUGAAGAAACCGCAUCUGAUGAGGAGAACGAAGAUGAGGAAACCGAUAUCCAGAAGUUACCUGAAGAUUUAAUAGAGGCACAAAAAGCGGCAAGGGCGAAACACCUGAGAGCCAAAUUCGAAAAAUGGGAAGCUCAAGAAAUCAAAAAGGAGCAAAAUCAGUCAGUCAAUAUUAUAGAAGAAUACGGAGAUGAAUCACAAGUGGAAUCCACAAAGUCGUUAAGGGCACGUUUCGAGUCGAUGAGGGAGACGAGUUCGGACAAAACUAGGACGCCACGUGUUAAAGUCAAUAGAUUUGUG